CAGGAUUGUCGUUCCUGAGGAAAGCUUCCCAAAGUCUAUCUUUUUUUUCUCUUUUUGUUCCAAACGCGCCGGGAAAAUUCAUUUCAAGUUUUGCUUACUUCCCCGUGUUUUGCUUACAACACAAAGCCGAUUUCAGAUUUAUAGUCGCGGCUUAGUACCGAUCAGAUCUAAUAACACUUUAGUCAAUAAUUUUAUAUUCUCAUGCGGUCUUUAAUAUAGUCGAUUCAGGCUAGGGCCUUGAGCCUGCGGGUCGCUCAGUCAAGAUGUUCGGCUCGUCGCGAAGGCAUCGACCGCCAAACCCUCCUCUGAAUCCCAGAACCGCGGAUCCAGAUGCAACUUCGGCCGCCGCAUCCGCCUUCAUGUCUGCCUCAAAUCAUAAACCCAGCAGGUCGCUCUCGUCGGCUGCUGCCGCCGCAGCGCUUCGAGCACGUCCUCAUACACCUACAAACGUAGGUGAAGUUCAAACAAAGCGGACAGUACGUCGUAGCGUCUCGAUAUCAUCAGCAGGAAGUUCUGCCGUGCCUGCUACAAGCUCGCGCCCAACGCAGCUUAAAAGAACUAGCAGCUCAAGCAGUAUGGUAGAUCGUACAUUUCGAAGUCCUUCACCUCAUCGAGCUGGCUCGAUUCAACCGACCAACGACCGCCCACCAGUGCCCCAGAUUCCCGCAGAUCAUAACAAGCCAUCACGCCAAGCAUCCACAGGUGUGGGAAUGCAGACUUUUCGGACCGCAUCGCAAAAGAUAAAACCAGGUCAAUCUUCGUGGUAUACGGCACCAUCGGGUGACCCAAGUAACGUAAGGACGUCUGACCUUCCCAUGAACACAUCCAAACCCCCACCAUUAAAGCCUCAGGAUACCCCUACUACGUCGCAGAGGCCAGACAGCAGAAGCUCUUCGGUAAAUUUUUCAUAUCCUACUGUUUUCCGCGCCCAGUCACCGCCUGCGUCUCCUACUUAUACCCAGGCACCGCAGUUUACCGGUCCAGCGCCCCGCAGGCCUGCUUCGCCACCUAGGUCGAAUAGAGCUUCUAUUUCUUCGAUUACAAGCAGGAAGUCCGACUUACCGAUGGUAUAUGAUCCAAAUUCUAGGAGAAUGGUCCCAAGACCUGCGGUGGACAAUGACUACUACGUUAAGGAAACGACAGAGAAGCAGUCAAGGAAGAAGAAGUACAGCGGGGCCCAAAAAGAAGGUAAUUACGUGGAGAAGGCGACGGGCUUGGGGGCUGGAGGAGUCAUUAUUGACGCAGGCACAAGCGAACGAGAUCCGCCAGAAGUCCAGAACAUCGAUGCGCUGCCGGGAGGUGGGGGCUUGCGGCCGUUAGAAGGCCCUGAAAUUAAUGCCACUACCACAGCAUCAGACCAGCGAGUACAAGAUCCAGAGGAGCUCGACAACAAUUAUCAACCGUCGCCAAUACAAGACGCACACGUAUCGACGAUUCAAGGUCCGUCUGUCCAGCCAAUUUCUGAUAACCUACGUCGGGACUCGCCGCAUUUAGAGACGAAACCAGGUGUUGUUGCAGAUGAGCCUGAGGACGUCUCUGACGAAGAUGACGCUAUCGCUCACCCUUCUCGAAAGGCGUUGGAGGCGCUAGAUGCAGUACCAACGAGACAGUUCAUAUUUGAGCAGCCUCAAGAUCUAUCAUCUUCCAGUAAAUCCGCUCGGGUCGCUGUUCAACAAGAUCAAACCGACAGAUAUCUAGAACAAGCCCAUCCCGAACCCGACCAUGUGUUGGAAAAUAAGUCUUUAUCUGGAAGGAAUAAACCGGCUGUGGAGGUUUCUGGUAAAGAAAGUUAUGUGCGACGAUCGACUUCGAACAGUCCAGCUCGACAAACUCGUUUUUCAGCAGCCCCGUCAAGUAAUCUAGCAGUACGGCACACACCUUUGCCAAGAUCGGCAUCUCCUAUUAAAUCGGCUCUUAAACGUACCAGUUCGACGUCCAGAGAAGUGUCUCCAUCGGAAAAGGGCUCGGAUGCGUCAAGAUCCCGCGGCGUUUCUCCGCCACAGGACGAGAGUACGGCGCCCCGUAAAAAGUCGGUCCGCGUUAGUUUUGAUGAUCGAACCAUGGCUACGGUUGUGGGUGAAUCUGCAGGAGAUAUAGACGAUUCAGGCUCGGCAAAUUCGGUGCAGGCAAAGCGGCCUUGGUACAGCAACAUCGGGCGAAGUAAAAGGAGAGAAUUCGCGCUCGAUGAUGAUGAAAUUAUGAAGCCCAGGCCUGCUUUACCAAGCUUCGGAAGUGUUAGAGAGAAAAAGCCAAGGGAACUUGAAGAGCGACCGCUUGUACGCCCUCACGAACUAACCCAAGCACCCGGAUUGCGCCCGUCCGGCCAACAUACUUCUAGCAAUUCCAGAACUUCAACAGAGAUGCCAUUAGGGCAGUCAAGUGGCCAGGCUAUUAGUUCCGACUUAGGCCGUGAACAAAUUCCGCGCAAUGCACCGAAUAUAUCAAGGUUUAGAGAACCAUUGCCACCCGUUGUGACUUCGGUAGAGGGAAGCGGUUAUAUCUCAGAUAGCGUCGAGGGCACCGAUUCCGAUGAUGAUCUCCUCAACAGUAUCGGAGGAGCAAGUGAUACGGAAGAUUUUCCCAACACACAGAUCACGCAACCAGAUACUCCGGAUAACUCCCAAAACGACUCGACCAUUCUCGAGAAAAGACAUACUAACUCAGAGGUAAAUGUGCCGAACGCAAUUCACGUCCCACCGCACGAUAUUCCCGAAAUUGCUAUCACACAGCCUAGCCCAAGAGUUCCAGAGCAAGGUACAUCAGCUGCAAGCGUAUCAGAAGAACCCUUUUUCGACGUCCCGGGCAGAUUUCCAGAUGAUGGAUCAGAAAAGCUGUCUGAGGUUCAGACUACGCCGGAAGACAAUAACAGCAAAGCCAAUGGCGAUAUCUCCCUUUCCUCUCCCAUCUUCGAGCCGAAGGCAACAGUACACCCUGUCCAACCCGAAACACUCCCUCAAACUACGCUCGCGACGACAGCUCCAUUAGACUCAACGGAUAACGGCUCCACGGACGACUCAGAUGAAAGUAUAUACAGUGAUGCAUAUGAAGAUCCUUGGGAGGCUGGGGGAGAUGGUUUCUUAUCUCUGAAUGCUGUCGUGGAGAAGCCUAUUGAAAAACUUGUACCGCCAGAGUUGCCUGAUAAUGCUUCCCAAAAGCCUUAUGAAAACUACCAGCCUCAGCGGGUUGGGGACAUUGCUAGUACUUCAAAGCCGGAACAGCAUCAAGAUGAUUGGGAACAGGCCAAAGCUUUUUGGCGUAGUCUUACAGCUGAGAAGAGGCUUCAACUUGAACGCGAGGCUAUGGAAGAGGCCGGAGUUCAGGGAGAUGAGGACGAGGUUGAACGUCCUGUUCGAAAGAACAGCGUCAAAAAGGCAGCUUCUCAAAAACGUUUAACGGCUGAAGCGCAACUCCGAACAUCAACGCAACAGGCUGAGCACUCCUUGUCUGCAAACUCCAUAAAAGUCUCUACAGAAAGGUCCAGGCCUAAGGCCACUCAGGAGCCCUCUAAUCAACCAGCGCCGUCUUCGCGAAUGCGCAUGUCUUUGCGUGAAGGAAAGCCUGCCCGUGCCUCAGAUGGCAUGCGAAAAACAAUGAGACCUCAAGCUGCGGGAGGAGCCAACCAGUCUUCCCGACUGACCACCCAGAAAGAAAAACCUACGCCUGCUUCUUCAAAACCGACGCAACAUGUGCAACAGAUUACUCCGGAAUUACGUAUUAACAGGACAAGCAGUUCAUUUCCUACUGACGAACACGCUUUACAACGUCGGGGGUCCGACGCCAGCGACAGCAGUUUCAAACGAAACCGCGCUACGCGGAGCAGCGGGUUCGGCCUCCGUAGUUCCAUGCGUCCAUCAUCUGCCAAUCCAGCUCAGGACAUAACUAGGGGUUCUGGGCGGUUCAGUCUACGAUCUCUCUCCCCAACUGGCUCUGCAUUCCGACAAAGCCUACCUACUAAGGCUACGGGCGGAGUAGCGACCCCUACAAUGCGACGCACACUACGAUCUAGUAGUGUGUCAAGUCAAGACAAAACCCGUCCAUCUAUUCAUUUUCCUUCGUUUGGUCGGCCAAACAAGAACCAUCCAACGAAGCCUUCCAAGAAAUCUAGCCGGUUUGGCGACUCGAGCGACGAGGAUGAAGGUGGGAUCGCCGGCUUCCGCAGCCGCUUUGAUGAUUCGAGCGACGACGAAAGUGUUCGUCCUCGUUCUUCAGAGCCAGGACCCCUGUCGAGAGGCACUCUUCGUGGAUCUGCUGCUGGCACAGCUGGCUUCAGGAAAUCUACGCCUGUACCAGAAGUAGACGAGGGUUCGCCGGCGUUACCUGAUAAUGAUGAGAAUAUGCCCAGCCCUAUGCGUACCCCAAGAAGCAAAGCUUCCGUCAGCAACAUAGGAUUAACACGUUCAAAUUCGGAAGCCCUGGGGACUACUACAUUAACACGAUCACGGUCUGGUCGUGGCGGAUUCGAUACUUCUAUAUCGACCCCUACUACACCAAAUAGAGAAAGACGAAGCUCCUUGAUGGGAAUAUUAAGACGUAACAAACGAGUCGAUUCGGCAAGUAAAAUUCAACGCUCCGGGCUCGUGGAGAGCGCGGCUAGGCGUGAUACUAGGUUGGAACGAAGUAAUGAGCAAUUGAAAGACCUCCGAAGCGAGAAUUCUUCCAACCUACGGCUCCAGAAGCGGUCUUCCGUGAGAAAUGACAGCUGGCCCUUGGGUGAGCCAGCUGGGAAUGAAGGCAUGAAACGAUCAGAUUCGGCCGGCAAUUUACUCAAUGGAAGCAGCACGGAUGGACCUGUUCAGAGGCCGGAGCUCAAUGGCAGACGAACUACGAGCCUGGGACUUCCCGCAGCAUACGAAAACGAAGGAGAUGACGUGAUUGACGAGACAGGACACAAGAAGAAAAAAAAAUUCGGGACACUGCGCCGGAUGUUCGGUCUAGACGAUUAGAAAGCGUUUACUGCCGAGAAGAAGCAGCGCAAGGUUUUAGUAAAAGGUGGGCGUCGGACCGCGUCGUUACGGCGCGUUGGCUAUCGCUAGGGAUCGCGACCCUUUAUUUGUUCACCAAGACUGCGGGAGUUUCGGAAAAGGGUAAAGGAUUCGGGAGCACAUCGAAAGGGCAUAAAUAAUUUCCAAGUUGAUACCCGUUACCCGUGCGAUUGGCAUAAGCUUGCAGGUAGACUUGGCCAGGCCACGAUAUUAAUAGGGCGAAUGGGUUUGUUUCUUUUGUAUAAGAAAAGGGGGGGGGGGAGCACACGCAUAUGCAGAGUUUCUUCGGAAAUCACGCUUGUCUAGCGGGGUCGAGAACUCUUCGCGGGAUUUAUUCUUUCUUUUUUUGUUUCUUUUUAAUUAUUUGCAAAUGUGGAAUGUGUGAUACUGGCUGGCACCAACAAGAGCUACUUGCAGAAAUGCGCAGACGGCUAGAGAACACGAAAACGUGCAAUGUAAGAAAAAAAAAACGAAAGGGGUUGGAAUUCAAUAUAUGUCUUAUCAGAUAAUGUAAUACAAGACUUCGCUUAGCAUCCAUAGUUACUAGCCCCCGACAGGGGGAAGGAGAGAAAUAAAGAUAAUGAUUUAUUUGACGCAAUUUUUCUCAGCGGGUCCUGGGGAAUAG